UCACCCGCAUAUAAUCACUAAAAGAUAAACCCCUACCUGGUUUUUCUGGUUGGUACAUUCCUGAAGUGUUUACUGCUGCUGUUGCCCCCUUGGGGAAAUAUUUUGGCGAAACUCCCUGGGAAGAAGAAACAGGCAGUGCUCUCGACAUGACAACAGCCCAUCCAACCACAACGAUCAUGAGCAAGUUCAUUCUGAUCACAGGUCUUUGUCUUUCCUUUGGCAGUUUGGGUUUGUCAUCUAGGCUGGUGUGCUAUUUUACUAACUGGUCCCAAUACCGACCUGGCAAUGGGAAGUUUAUGCCUUUAAACAUUGAACCACACCUGUGUACUCACUUGAUCUAUGCCUUUGCUGGUAUUAAUCAGGCAAAUGAGUUGAGCACCAUAGAAUGGAAUGAUGAUGCACUGUAUAACUCUUUUAAUGGACUCAAGCAGAGGAAUCCAAUCCUUAAAACACUGUUGGCAGUCGGAGGCUGGAACUUUGGAACACAAAAAUUCACAACAAUGGUGGCAACACAAGUCAACAGAAAUACAUUUAUUAAGUCUUCCAUCAAACUGCUGAGAAAAUAUGGUUUUGAUGGACUUGAUUUGGACUGGGAAUACCCCGCUGCGAGAGGAAGUCCUGUGCAGGACAAGCAGAGAUUCACGUUGUUAUGCAAGGAACUGCUAGAGGCCUAUCAGGCUGAGGGAACAGCAACUGGUCAGCCCAGAUUAAUGGUUUCUGCUGCCGUGGCGGCUGGGAAAGGGACUGUUGAUGCUGGUUAUGAAAUUGGCGAGAUGGCUAAGUACCUGGACUUUGUUAGCGUGAUGACUUAUGACUUCCAUGGCACUUGGGAGACUGUGACAGGACACAACAGCCCUUUGUACAACGGAACCAAUGACACAGGGGACCACGUUUUCUUAAAUACUGACUUCGCCAUGAGAUAUUGGCGCGACAAGGGAACACCUGUAGAAAAGCUAAAUAUGGGCUUUGCCACGUAUGGGAGGUCAUUUCGACUAUCCACUCGAUCCAGUCAGGUUGGAGCACCAACCACUGGUCCUGCUGCUGCUGGUGGUUUUACAAGGGAAGCCGGGUUCUGGUCCUAUUAUGAGAUUUGCCUUUUUCUCCAAGGGGCCGGUGUCCAGCUGAUUGAGGAUCAGAAAGUUCCUUAUGCAUUUAAACAAAAUGAGUGGGUUGGCUAUGACAAUAAAGAGAGUUUUGAGACUAAGGUCCGUUACCUAAAGGAAAACCGAUUUGGAGGAGCUUUUGUCUGGGCUCUGGAUCUGGAUGACUUUAAUGGACAGUUCUGUGCACAGGGAAACUACCCGCUCAUCAGCCAGCUACGCUCGCUACUGGAAAUCCCCCCCCUUCCCACAAGAGAAACCUCCCCACAUCCAGUGAAGCCGUCUACAAACACACCUCAACCCGCACCUCGUCCUGGACCAGCAAUCACUACUUCCUCCAACAUCCCAGAAGGUUUUUGUGCUACACAGACUGGUGGAAUUUAUGCCAAACCUGAUGCCCCGGGUUCAUUUUACAGCUGUGCCAAUGGCAUCACCUGGAUUAUGGACUGCCCAGCUAAUUUGGUAUUUCAGGAUAGCUGCAAGUGCUGUAACUGGCCAUGAAUAUUGGCCAGAAAUUCUGAUCCCAUUUCAAUAAAAGUUUGACUUUAAGAACUUUA